CGUGGCUGCAGCUUCCCAGGGAGCAGCCCAGGGGCCGCCCCAACGUUCAGCCUUUCCCUCUGGAUUUUCUAGAAGAUUCAACAGUGAGACACAUUCCACGUUCCCUUCAUCCCAGGAAGGAGAAUCUGCAAAGUGCCUUGUAAAGUUCCUUAAGGUAAAUUACUUCUUCCCGGGAGCUGGGCUGCAGCAGUGCAGUCCUGCUUUCAGCUACCAGGCUUGGAGUUCAGCCUCUCCCCUGGACACCCUGAGCCUAAUGAAUUGUAAAGGGAGGAGCCAUCACAGCUAAAAUGAAGCCCAAGGAAGAAAAAGUGAAAAUAAUUACAGAGGAGUUCAUUGAAGACCGUGAGGAUGCAGAUGAGGGAAGACAGAAGAAGACCGUGAAGGUUGCAAGACAAAAAGGAAAGAAGCAGCUGUCGGCUGCUGGCCCCAAGGAAAUGGUGUCUGAAAAAUCCCAUCCAGACGACCAGCAGGAGCCCGUGCAGGAAGGUUCUGACACUCACCUCCUGGGCAUGACGAGCCGACGAGGCCCACGGAGCUUACCUCCAAUUCCUUCAGCUUCCAGAACAGGCUUUGCAGAAUUUUCCAUGAGAGAACGCAUGAGGGAGAAAUUACAAGCUGCAAGGUCCAAAGCAGAAAGUGCGUUGCUGCAGGAAAUUCCCACCCCUCGGCCCAGGCGCUUACGACGUCCCAGUGAGAAAGAAUUGGAGACUGAAUUUGGCACAGAGCCAGGUAGAGAGGUACAAAGGACUCAACAAGAAGAUGACUCCCAAGGUUUUUCAAGAGUAAAAUUCCAUGAUUCUGCGCGAAAAAUCAAGUCUAAACCCCCGGUUCCGCCUGGCUUCCCUUCUGCUGAGGAAGCUUAUAACUUUUUUACUUUCAACUUUGAUCCCGAACCAGAGGAAUCAGAGGAAAAACCAAAAGCAAAAAGUAGACAUGGAACUAACCAAGAGGAGGAGGAAGGAGAGGAAGAAGAGCCACCUAUGCAAGGAGGAGUAAACAAAAUGGACGAGGAAGAGCUGCUCGAUGGUGGGGAUACUGAGCAUCUCCUACUGGGCUUAGAUCACGCGGCUGAAGAUUUUGUGGCAGUCAGACCUGCGGAAUAUGAAAGUGUCCACAUCCGUCUGCAGAUGGAAAAAGAACUCCUGUUCAUACCCAGCACGUUGACAGUGCCUACGUAUAAAAAGCUUCCUGAGAAUGUGCAGCCCAGGUACCCGGAAGACGAAGGCCUUUACAUCGGGGCAAGACUGGAGGUGCCGAGAACCAACCAGAACAUCAUGGAGAACAGGUUGCUGGUGCAGGAGCCCGGGAGGAGAUGGUUCGGAGAUGAUGGAAGAAUCCUAGCACUGCCAAACCCCAUCAAGCCAUUUCCUUCAAGACCACCCAUGCUGACACAGGAGCAAGACAUUAAGGCAGAACUCGAAACACUGUAUAAAAAGGCAGUAAAAUACAUCCACAGAAGUCAGCAUUUGAUUGGAUCUGGAGACCCUCCUGGAAAUUUCCAACUGGACAUUGAUAUUUUGGGGUUAAUCUUCACACAUCAUCCCUGUUUUAGCCGAGAGCAUGUUUUGGCAGCCAAACUGGCCCAGUUAUAUGACCAGUACCUUGCAAGACGCCAGAGACACAAGGCACAAUUUCUUACCGACAAGCUCCAAGCUCUAAGAAAUGCUGUUCAGAUGGGCCUUAACCCAGCAAAAACUCCUAAGUCUCUUGAAACAACCCAAAAAACCAUCAAUGAGUAUAAAUCUGAAAUUCGGCAAACAAGAAAACUGCGUGAUGCUGAACAAGAAAAAGAUCGAACAUUGCUUAAGACCAUCAUAAAAGUCUGGAAAGAGAUGAAAUCCCUUCGAGAGUUCCAGAGGUUUACAAAUACACCCUUGAAACUUGUUUUGAGAAAGGAAAAAGUUGACCAGAAAGCUGAUGAAGAAGCAUAUGAAGCAGAAAUUCAGGCCGAGAUAAGUGAAUUGUUGGAAGAGCACAUGGAAGAGUACGAACAGAAGAUCGAGGAAUACAGAAGUGCACAGCAGCAGUGGAAAGCCUGGAAGAAAGCCCAGAGGGCCAAAAAGAAGAAAAACAAACAAGCAGUCGAAGAACAUCCUGAUGAGAUGAAGGAGCCAGAUCCUGGGGAGGAGCCUGUGAAACCUGUCCCUCCAGAGCCCACAGAUCGGGCUGUGAUAGAGCAACAGGUGAGGGAGAGAGCAGCCCAGAGCCGGAAGAGGCCCGGGGAGCCCACGCUGGUCCCAGAGUUGAGCCUUGCGGGGAAUGUGACACCCAACGACCAGUGUCCCAGGGUGGAGGUCUUGCGAAGGGAGGACGUCAAGAGGCGCUCGCUGUAUUUAAAGGUGACCUUCAACAACAAGGAAGUGUCCAGGACCGACAGUCGGCCACUUGGGGCCGACUUCCGUGUUCACUUUGGACAGAUUUUCAACUUGAAAAUAUUCAACUGGCCGGAGAGUUUAACACUUCAGGUAUAUGAAACAGUUGGACACAGUGGUACCACCUUGCUAGCAGAAGUGUUUCUGCCUAUUCCUGAAACGACUGUUGUCUCUGGAAGAGCUCCCACUGAAGAAGUGGAGUUUAGCAGUAACCAGCAUGUGACACUGGACCACGAGGGAGUUGGCAGUGGAGUACCCUUCUCAUUUGAAGCUGAUGGUAGUAAUCAACUGAUUCUAAUGACCUCGGGGAAAGUGUCCAACAGUGUGGCAUGGGCCAUUGGAGAAAAUGGGAUUCCUUUAAUUCCUCCAUUGUCACAGCAGAAUAUUGGAUUUAGAAGCGCUUUGAAGAGAGCAGAUGCCAUCUCAUCUAUCGGCACAUCAGGACUGACAGACAUGAAAAAGUUGGCCAAGUGGGCAGCAGAGUCCAAGCUUGACCCCAAUGACCCCAGCAAUGCCCCUUUGAUGCAGCUCAUCUCGGUUGCUACCAGUGGUGAAUCCUACAUCCCUGAUUUCUUUCGACUGGAACAGCUACAACAGGAAUUUAACUUUGUUUCAGAUGAGGAAUUAAACAGAUCCAAACGAUUCAGGCUUCUUGGUCUUAGAAGCCAAGGGGUGCCAGAAUUCCGAAAUUAUAAACAAAUUCCAAUGUAUGACCGAGAAAUUAUGGAAAAGGUAUUCCAGGACUAUGAGAAACGGUUACGAGACAGAAAUGUAAUUGAAACCAAAGACCACAUAGAUACCCACAGGGCCAUAGUAGCCAAGUACCUCCAGCAGGUUAGAGAAUCAGUGAUAAAUCGUUUUCUAAUUGCAAAACACCAUUUUCUUCUUUCGGAUUUGGUAGUAGAAGAAGAAGUUCCCAAUAUCAGUUCUGAAGGCUCGGGCAUUUUGGGCCUGAGCCUUUUCAAGCUGGCAGAACAAAAACGACCACUGAGGCCAAGGAGAAAAGGUCGGAAGAAGGUGACAGCCCAAAACCUGUCUGAUGGAGACAUAAAGCUGCUGGUGAACAUUAUCCGGGCUUACGACAUUCCAGUGAGGAAGCCAACGACAAGCAAAUUCCAGCAGCCAUCGAGAUCUUCAAGGACUUUCAGCGAAAAGCGUGCUGCUUCCCCAACCACACCAAGCGCAACCCACAGUGCUGACUACCCCCUCGGCCAGGUUUUAGUACGUCCUUUUGUAGAAGUUUCAUUUCAGCGAACAAUUUGCCAUACAACUACAGCUGAAGGUCCAAACCCCAGCUGGAAUGAAGAACUCGAACUUCCAUUUAGGGCCCCCAAUGGGGAUUACAGCACCACCAGUUUGCAGUCAGUGAAAGAUGACGUGUUCAUCAACAUUUUUGAUGAAGUUCUAUAUGAUGUCUUAGAGGAUGACCGUGAAAGAGGAAGUGGAAUCCACACCCGUAUUGAGAGACACUGGUUGGGAUGUGUGAAAAUUCCAUUUAGCACGAUAUAUUUCCAGGCAAGGAUUGAUGGGACAUUUAAAAUCAAUAUUCCCCCAGUUCUUCUGGGCUACAGUAAGGAACGAAGUGCGAUUAUUGAGCGGGGUUUUGACGCUGUCCGAAGCCUGAGUGAAGGCUCCUACAUCACCCUGUUCAUUACCUUGGAGCCUCAGCUGGUUCCUGGGGAGUCGGUUCGAGAAAAGAUGAGUGACAUGCUUAAAAAGUUUGAUUCUCAGGAAGAUGAGAAAUUGCUUCAAGCGACUGAGAAGUUUCAAGCUGAAUGUGCCUUAAAGUUUCCAAAUCGUCAGUGCCUUACAAGAGUGGUUGACAUUAGUGGGAAAACCGUCUUCAUUACUCGUUAUCUCAAGCCUUUAAAUCCUCCUCAGGAGCUCCUUAACACUCACCCCAACAAUCCCCAGGCAACCGCAGAACUGGUGGCUCGAUAUGUGUCUUUGAUUCCUUUCUUGCCUGACACUGUUUCAUUUGCUGGUAUCUGUGACCUGUGGAGCACAUCUGAUCAAUUUCUUGAUCUCCUGGCAGGAGACGAAGAAGAGCAUGCAGUAUUACUGUGCAAUUACUUCCUCUCCCUGGGUAAGAAGGCCUGGCUGGUGAUGGGCAAUGCUAUUCCUGAGGGUCCAACUGCCUAUGUGCUAACUCGGGAGCAAAGUCACUAUUUAAUAUGGAAUCCCUGCAGUGGACAUUGUUAUGGACAAUUUGAUACAUUCUGCCCCUUAAAAAGCGUGGGCUGUUUAAUAGGUUCCGAUAAUAUUUGGUUUAAUAUUCAACAAUAUGAUUCCCCAUUAAGGAUGAAUUUUGAUGUCACCAAGCCCAAGCUAUGGAAAUCUUUCUUUUCAAGAAGGCUUCCAUAUCCUGGCCUUUCCAGUGUUCAGCCAGAAGAGCUAAUUUACCAGCGCACCGACAAAGUGGCUGCAGCUGAACUACAAGACAGGAUUGAAAAAAUACUAAAAGAAAAAAUCAUGGACUGGAGGCCUCGCCAUCUGACUCGGUGGAAUAGAUACUGUACCUCUACUCUGCGUCACUUCUUGCCUCUAUUAGAAAGAAAUCAUGGAGAAGAUGUGGAAGACGACCACAGAGCAGAACUGCUGAAACAGCUAGGAGACUACAGGUUCUCUGGAUUUCCCCUUCACAUGCCAUACUCUGAAGUGAAGCCUUUAAUUGAAGCUGUGUAUAGCACUGGAGUACAUAAUACUGAUGCGCCUAAUGUUGAAUUUGCUUUAGCUGUAUAUAUCCACCCAUAUCCCAAAAAUGUUUUGUCUGUUUGGAUCUAUGUUGCCUCCCUUAUACGCAACAGAUAAUUUUUUCAUUGUAUGUUUUAUAUCAUGUAAAAAUGAUAAUUAAGAUAUGAGAAUAUUUUUUAAGUGCUCUUGAUCUAAGGGAAGAAAAUACAAAUAAUGAAAUAAAA